GUCACGUGUCGCCCACGUGGCCCGCUGGUGCGGACCAAUAGGGCGCCAGUUUUUUUUUCUGAUCAAAGCCAAAGGAAGAGGGCAGAUAUAUUUUUUUUCAUCUGCGAUUUUAUUCCUCCAACGGCAAAAGUGGUCGUCAGCUGCCGCGUCCCGCACGACAUAAAGGUGACCGGUUGACUGACCCCAACAUCACACUCGCGUUGGCCCUCAAUCUCCUCUCUCACAUUACCACACCCCUUUCCUUCACAUCCAAUCCCAACAUGGAGCCCAUCAAGGUCCAGUCAGAAGGAGGACUGAACGUGACCCUCACCAUCAGACUGCUGAUGCACGGAAAGGAGGUGGGAAGCAUCAUUGGAAAGAAAGGAGAAACAGUGAAGAAAAUGCGUGAAGAUAGUGGAGCUCGCAUCAACAUCUCGGAAGGGAACUGCCCCGAGCGAAUAGUCACCAUCACCGGACCAACAGACGCCAUUUUCAAGGCCUUCGCCAUGAUCGCCUACAAGUUUGAGGAGGACAUAAUCAACUCCAUGAGCAACAGCCCAGCCACCAGUAAACCACCAGUAACACUGAGACUGGUUGUCCCUGCCAGCCAGUGUGGCUCCCUCAUUGGCAAAGGAGGAUCAAAAAUCAAGGAGAUGAGAGAGUCCACGGGAGCACAGGUCCAGGUGGCAGGUGACAUGCUGCCCAACUCCACCGAGAGAGCCGUGACCAUCUCCGGGGCCCCAGAAGCCAUCAUCCAGUGUGUCAAACAGAUAUGUGUGGUGAUGCUGGAGUCCCCACCGAAAGGUGCCACCAUCCCCUACCGCCCAAAGCCUGCCUCCACCCCUGUCAUUUUUUCAGGUGGCCAGGUAAGAGCAGACCCACUGGGGGCGUCCACAGCCAACCUCAGCCUCUUACUGCAGCACCAGCCACUGCCUGCUUACACCAUUCAAGGACAGUAUGCCAUCCCUCAUCCAGAUCAGUUGAGCAAGCUCCACCAGUUGGCUAUGCAGCAAACCCCCUUUACCCCCCUCGGACAGACCACCCCUGCCUUCCCCGCAGCAGGUCUGGAUGCCAGUAACCAGGCCAGUACUCAUGAACUCACCAUUCCCAAUGAUCUAAUAGGCUGUAUAAUCGGACGCCAGGGAACCAAAAUCAACGAGAUCCGUCAGAUGUCUGGGGCGCAGAUCAAAAUUGCUAACGCUAUGGAAGGGUCAUCGGAGCGCCAGAUCACCAUUACAGGGACCCCCGCCAACAUCAGCCUGGCUCAGUACCUCAUUAAUGCAAGGUUCAGAGAUGUGGCAGCCAUGUGGAACGACCCAUCUUCCAUGACCACGUCCUGAGAUCCCUGACUGGCUCCUCCGUUUGGCCCUUUCUAACGACUGACCACCGCAGACAACCCUGAUGAAGCCAUUUUGGACUUUGGCCCUGGCUCUCCGAAAACCCCGACCACCUCACCGCCCUGGUUCAAAGGACAUCAGGGAUGGUUUGGAGCUCGCUUUUAUUUCAGAGAGCCAAAUUAAACUUAAAUUUCAAAAGAUUUACAAUAAAUAAAUAAAUAAGAAACUCUCUGUCGAUUAGAUUUUUUUUAGAGAACUGUUAAAGCAUGUUGAAUGUUUUAGGAAAUACUUGUGUUACUUCUUUCUCUCUUUAUUGCUUUCUCUAUCAUGUGUCAGUGCUGCGUCAUAGAAAAUUUAAAAGUAUUUAAAAAGUACUAGUAAAAGACAGAAGUAUUUUUUUUGUAGAACAUAGUUAUUUGCAUUUUACAAAACAGCUGCUCAGUGAUGCUAUCGGCAGAGUGUGUGGUGGGAUGUAGCCAAUUGAAUCAAUUUUGAUAAAAUAUUUAGAAACGUCUAAACAUUUGGACUGUUCUGCUUUUGUCCUAAUUUGCAUCUGUGUCUAAUUUCAGCCCAUGAGUCUUUGCUGCAUCACAUGACCCUUUUAAGCCAAUGGUAUCACUCCUUGAGCCUCCCAUCUUAUGUUAAUUUCCUCCAGUUACGAUGUUGCUUAUAUUGCAUGUCUUCAGUGUUGUAUUGUUGUGUAUAUGAAGAAACCUGCUCGAUUUAUGCUCUCCUUCAAAUGUUGCCAUUUUAUCUUUGUGGUCCUGUUCUUUUUUCCGCAAAAUUUUAUUUAAAUUUUUUCAACGUUUUUGGUCAUUCGCGUCUGGUCCUACACCCUGCCCAGAUGAAAAACUUUCCAGCUUAGCCUCCUUUUAUUAAAACUAAUCAUUAGUAUAUAGAUGCAUGAAUGGGAAUUAGCGAAAAUCAGUGGCUAAGGCACUGACUGAAAUUUUAAAUGAUUGUUUACUAUCUUAAGAGUUAUUUGUUUUGUACAAGGACUACUGCGACUUAACGCAUUAGUCAACUACGCGGCGCUCAUGCAAUAGACUACUCAACACUUUACUCUGGACUGCCUCAUAAGUGGGAGGUUUAGUUGAACUUAAAAGCCAGAUGUUGUGUUCAAACCUUUUGGUCUCAAAGACCUAAAUGUUUGGACAGAGCCAAAUGGUGUUUUGGGGGCCAAGGAAUGUUCAGGGGUUCAUUGGGGGAACCCACAGGGCCUGGGCGGACGUGACCACUCAGUCUCUUUUUCACGAUUGUUUAUCUUGUCAAGUUGUUUUCAUUUUCAUACAGUUGAUUUGAGGCUUUAGUUUUGAAUGUCUACAUUGUCAGCAAUGUCAUUGUUUUGUUUUCUGUUAAACAGACAAGUUGGAUGACACUUUCUUCUUUGCUGGUUUCUUUUCCUAAAGCCAGGAUGUAUUUAUCUACGGUGUUGUGAUGCACAUGUUUUUUUGUUGACUGAUUAUGAAACUUAAGCUAAUUUAGCUUUGCUGUAUUGUACCUACUAUAAGAUGGAGGCAUCAUUAAUAUUCGGUCAACUUUAAAUAUUGAAACUAAAACAUAGAAGCAGCUUCUUCACGAGCAUCAGCUGAGCUAAGUUUAAUGUUGAUACAAGCCGUUGAAUGUUAUUGCUGGAUCACGCGACACAAAAAACAUUCUGCAUUAACCAGUGAGUCGGUCCUGCCGAGAACUACAUUUCAAGUAGCUUAAAAUAUGAAUAUUUUUGACAUUAGGUUAAAGGAGAAGCCCAAAAUUAGUUAAAUGUGCAAUUCUUAGGCAAAAGGUCAGUGUGACUUUUGUUUUUGGAUGGAAAAAAAUAGACAAAUGCUAGCAUUUUUUGCAUCUGGCCCGGCUCAGUCCGGUCUUAGUUGGGUUGGCCCGCUCCUGCACGGCCAGGUAUUGUUCACACCAUGAUGUUUGUGGUUCACAUAGCCUUCUCCGUGUCUCCGAGCAUGUGGGCGGGGCAAAAGACUCGCAGAGAAGUCUGUGGUGUCCUCCUAAAUUUUGUGAACAUAAGUGGCAGUGAGCUGUGUUGCUUUUGGAGACUCUGACAUGAAGCACAUAGCUUCAUCCUGUCUCACUGAGUAGUGGUGCUGCACAGCAGUCUGUCCUCAUGCUACCGCGGCAUGUCCGAGGUGUGAGAAGAUGUUUAUCUCACUGUAUAUAGACUGAAAACAAAUCGCGCAACUGGGAAGCUGCCACUGGCUAAUUCUACCCACCUAUCAGAGGCUCCCACUAGUGAGUAGACAUGAAAGUCAGCUGGCCAAUCAGUUUAUAUUGGUCGUGUUGAGUCAGCUUUGUGCCAAGCUGACUGCCAGGGGGCUGGGUAAAAGUAAAAAAAAUAAAAAUUUAAAUAUUUAAAACUGUCAACUCAGCAUGGAAGACCCAUGGAUCAUGCUGAUAUGCUCACAAUUACCCUACCAGAGCUAGGCCUGGCCGAUCCAGAUGUGAAUGCGUAAUAACUUAGCAUAAACACUGAAUACAGGAAGAAAAGGAUAACUAAGCCAAGUGGCACCUAAAGAUUUCUGCUUUAGAGAUUCAAUUUUGUUUGCCAAUGGUUCAUUGUGGUCAUUUUAUGCUAAACAAGAUCUUGUUUAUCAUUUCUACCUAGGCUUACUAAGGCUAGGCUAUCUUUUAUUGCAAAAUACAAAGAAAGAACAAAAUUUUAUGAAUCAUAAUUUUAUUUAAUUGAAGUAAGAAUUUGAUGUUUUAGGGUAGUUCUUUUUCCUUUGUGUUUUAUUAUUUUCUAGUCUAUAUCUGGUUGCGUAGCGCUAACAUCUGAGGAUUUAAACUAAAAAGUUUAAUGUGAUACUUACCUACAUCUGUUUCAUGAAUUUUUAAAAAAUAUUUCCAUUAAGACCUCUAAGACUCUUAACUAAAAAUUUAUACUUAAGAUAUUUUGUCAGAAAUCUGCAAUUGCUGGUUAAUAUGAAGGCACUUUUAAAAAAUAUGUUUUAUGAUUUUUAGUCUUUAUGCUAAGCUACGUUAGCUGGUUGCUAGCAGAAGUGUCAUCUAAAUAUUUGCCAAAUUGUCAAAGUUUUUGAUAGCAUAAUUGUGAUUUUGUAACUGGACCAAAUGCUGUUUAAUUCUACUGAGUGAUUCAUGGUCAAUGAUUAUUCUGCAAUAAUUCUUACUUUUCGAUGUGUAAAAAGUAGCCGUGCUAGCACUGAAAUAAUAGAUUUGUUUGUUUUUAUUUAAAUUCACUUGCGUGUAUUUCAUUGGGAAUGCUUGUUAAUAUUAACUAGCUGAACUUACGAUUUUGGAACUGUUUGCUAAAACUGAGAAAGACAUUCUUUCUGAAAUGCUCGUACACUGUAACAGCAAAGAAAACCCUCGAGAGCAGCGUAGCUUUUAUACUAUCAGAGCGAGAGAAAAAAGUGACGAUUCAUCAUUUCUAUCAGAUUUUAGUAUUUAAUUAGAUUUUGUAGAAUAAUUAAAAAUGAACCGCAAAGCAGGAAUAUUGAGUUGUAAGAAGUGGAGGUGUCAUUUCAAUAACGUCAAUAUUCAUGUAUUACUCUGUGUUCGAAAACUGUAUUUCCAUUUGUGUAUAUGACUGAGUAUGCUUCAAUUUUGAAACAAACUGCAACUAAUGCAAUAAUAGGGUGCAAUGUGCAAUUAUUUAUUCAGUUUUUUCCUUAUUAGCUACAGGAGAGCUGUGUUCUUGUUUUAACUACUUUCAAAUGGCAGCAGCAGGAAAAAGAAUAACAGUUUUUUUUAGUUUUUUUUUUUUAAGUUUUUGUUUAUGAUUAUGUGUGCUUUGAGGGACAUGCGAUAGAAAUUUGUAUCUAUUUUUGAUUGAUUUAUUUGCUAUGUGCAGAUCUAUAUUAGUUGUGAGUAAUUACAUAGGUUUUAAUUUAAAGUGUUGGUAAGAAUAAACUUCAAAUAAAGUUUCAAUUUUUCUUUCUGUGA